CUCAUCCAACGCCUACUCAAAACCAGCCACAAAAAAUCCCCCAAAACAAAUCCCUACGCACCAUCUCACUCACAAAAUCUCGAUAUCCAACAACAAAAUAAUCUUCGAUUUCGAACAACAAAAUUGAAGCUGAAUUACAACCAAAUGGCGUCAUCUGCUGCUGCCGCAUUAUCAGCAAACAGCUGUAGCACACACAUGAGAGUAAGUUUCUUCAACAACAAUCGCUAUAAUAAGAUUCAUCAGAAACAGAGUCUCAGAUUUUUCAAAGUUCGAGCUUCAUCUGAUGAGCAAGAGGAUUGUAAUGUUGAAGAAUGUGCUCCUGAUAAAGAGGUAGGGAAAGUGAGCAUGGAAUGGUUAGCCGGGGAGAAAACCAAAGUGGCUGGAACAUUCCCACCUCGUAGACGUGAUUGGAGUGGUUAUGUUGAGAAGGACACGGCUGGGCAGACAAAUAUAUAUUCAGUUGAGCCUGCAGUUUACGUGGCAGAGAGUGCAAUCAGCUCAGGGACAUCAGGUACAUCAGCUGACGGGGCAGAGAAUACAGCGGGAUUAGUUGGUUUUGGCGCGCUUAUCGCUAUUGCCGCUGCAUCCGCAAUUCUCUUGCAAGUAGGGAAGAACCCACCACAAAUACAAACAUUAGAUUACUCGGGUCCAUCACUUAGUUACUACAUUACCAAAUUCAAACCCGCGGAAAUUGUCCAAAUUUCCGUGCCAACCGCACCCGAGCCAGAGACCUCUACCCCACAAGUAGAAUCAGUAGCUCCGGCAGCCGAAGUAGAUUCAGGAGCUCCGGCAGCUGCAGUAGAUUCAGGAGCUUCGGAAACCGAGACAUCAUCUUCAGCUGGACAGCCGGAGAGUGGGACACAAGUAGUGUCGGAAGUUGUGGUCGAAUCCGAGACGUCAACUUCGGCUGGACAGCCACAAGUAGUGUCGGAAGAAGUUGUGGCCGAAUCCAGUUAAGUUAAAAAUGUGGCUAGCUUUUAUAUGUAACGGUAAAGUGUGGUUGUAUGUAUGGUUCUCAUUGAGUUGUAUACUUUGUGCUACAAGCAAAUUCGUCAUACCAUUGUAAAAUUAUUGAUCAGUUGAUUGUUGGAAUAAUCAAUCUCCCAGGCUUUAUUCCACACCA